CUUGGCCAUUUUGCUGAGGCAGAAAAAGGACGUUGUGGAGUCCCACAGGUCUUCUGCAGGGAGCCUCUCUUCAUCUUUCCCCAUCAUGUCUGAUAAGCAGAGAGUAUAUCAGGGUGUCCGCGUGAAGACAACCGUCAAAGAGCUGCUGCAGAGACACAGAGCCCACCAGGCCAACAGCAAAAAAGUGAAAACGCUAUCCCAGGCGUGCUCAGAUCUCCAGGGACUUUGCUCAUCCACUUUUCAAACUCGCUAUGAGGACCCUCCUUCUGCCAUUUCUCCAGAUGACGCGCGCGGCUCUGGAGCGCGAGCCUUCCAGCUGCGCACUGCCUCGUUCCCGGUGCCUGACAGCUCGUGCGGCAGCCAGAUGCACGAGGAGGGCUCCUUCAACGACAUCCCGCAGCAGUUCGGGGACAUGAUGUUGCCAGGCAACGGCUACAGUGGCAACAACGACACCAACAGCAGCAGCGGUGGCAGCUACAGCGCUUCCCUGCCUGCCCCCCCCACACUGCCGCUGCCCUGGUGCCACGCGCUCUCCUCAGACGCGGACUACUACGGCCAUGGGAUGGCUCCCUGCUCCUCACCAGAGUUGCUGAAGCUUUGCACCCCCGUGGAUCACAACAGCUACUCACCGCAGGACUCCUUCUCCUCCUCCUCCUCCUCCUCCUGCUACGACUCCCCCACCAGGAUGGAUCCUGGGUACCCCGGCCUCCCCUCAGAGCACUUCCACUUCCAGCACUGCACCCCCCAGGACCUUCGCAGCCUGCCCUACUGGCCCGGCCCGCAGGAUAGCUUCUCCACCCCUGAAUAUGCACCUUACUACAACCCCACAGACUAUCCCUACGCCUGCCCUGCGGAGGAGAACUAUUUCAGGAGGGAUUUGCAGAUGACCUCUGAAAUGUGCUACAAUGUACUAUGAUCAGUUCUCUUGUGUAUAUUUUGAAUGUAAAUAUGUUUAUGAGCACUGUGCUUUGCUUGAUGGUCCGCGCUGCAUUUCAAUGCGUUCUCUGACUGGCUUUUGCUUGGGUGUAAUGGAUAUUAUGAAUGCUGAAAGAAUGGAAAUAUUUUUGUAUUAAUGACUAUUUUUUUACUACUUAGAUUUAAUUUCAUACGUAUUACUUUUUGCUGUACUAAAUAAACAUGUUUUAAAUCAA